UCGGACUGACGCCAAAUGCGGGAAAGAUUGUGAAAAUGUGAAGGUGUUUUGGGGUUGGAUGAAAACAAACUAGGGUUUCAUUAUGACUGCCGACGAUUCAGAGGAAGCAGAAAAGACUGUUGCAAAAGAUUUGUUCAAAGAUGUGAAGUACUAUCUUGUCGGGAACAUCAGCGAGGAGGUCACAACAUUGCUGAACAGUGGAGGAGCGAAACAGGACAAUUACUUAAGUCAGAUGGUCAGCCAUGUGAUCUGUGACAGCACAGAAGAUGAUGAUGACUUUUCUGAGGCAGCCGAGGCCAAGGAACUGUUUGACCUCCCAGUUGUCAGCAGUCAGUGGGUGCUGCUGUCAGUGGCAUGCAGAAAGCAGCUUCCUAUCGAAACGUUUGCCCCAGAAGGAAAGGUGUUUGCAGGAGUUGUGUUAUGUCCAGAACAUCUGGAAGAAGGGGACAGAACAAAUAUUUGGGCCAUGGUCACUCUGAAUGGAGGGGUCUGUAAAACGACCCUGAACAAAGCUACAACUCAUCUUGUCACCACUAAGGAUGAAGGGAGGAAGUAUGAAGCCUCCAUACUACGAGAAGAAAGUAUAAAAAUAGUCACUCCUGAUUGGGUGACCGAAAGCCUGAAAGCUGGAACAAAAGUGGAAGAGGCUGUCUAUCAUCCAAAGUUGAUCCAAAUCCAAAGCCGCCCAGUCCCCAAAGCCUCUGUCCCCGGAACCUGUUGUGUCUGCCCCAGUACCACCCCCUACUCAGCCCUCUGUUCCAUUCACCUUCCCUUCACUGCCUGGAAUUAUCGAACCCCCACCACUGAGCCGAACUCCUCCGAUGAGCCGCACACCUCCCACAAGUCGCACGCCCCCGUCAAGCAGAAGCUCUCCCGGGGCCGACCCACACCAGCAUUACCAAGCUAUUCCAUCGGAUUCCCAGGGCUGCCCAUCCCAGGCUGUGUUCCAGAUAACGGCCGAGUAGAGCUGCCUACUGCUAAAGAGGCCUUGGCUAGAAUGGUUAAUAAUAGGAUACAGGCAAUUCCCCCAGAUAUGUGCCUCCUUGGAUGUGUGUUCCUCAUCGCAGACAACCAAACGUUGGUUGGAGCAGAUGAAAUUAAUACCUGGAAAAAGGUGAUUGAGCAACAUGGAGGUCAGGUGGAGGUGGGGUAUAGCCAAAAAAUCACACAUGUUCUCUGCCCUUACCAACACACAGAUGUUUUUCAGCAGGCUCUGAAAGAUCAGCGGCGAAUUGUUACAGCCUACUGGCUGAAUGACUGUUUGCUACAGAAGAAAAUGGUACCCCCAUGGCAGGCUCUUCAUUUACCUCUUAUCUAUGGUGAUCAGAAGCCGUGUGAAAAGCAGAUCAUUUGUGUGACUAACUUUGAAGGAGAAGAAAGAACUCGAGUGAAACAUAUGAUAACAUCAAUUGGUGCUAAGUACACGGGCUACAUGAGCCAUGCAAAUUCUGCACUGGUUUGUAAGAAGAUGGAAGGUAAGAAGUAUGAGAAGGCUCGAGACUGGCAAACUCCCGUGGUCAAUGUGAACUGGUUGACAGAUAUCUUACUUGGUAAUCUGGAUGCCCUGCGCUUGCCUGUCCAUCAGAAAUACCAGCAAUUUGGACAGGGCAAUGAGUUCAACAUGAACCUUAACGUUGUAGCGCAUUUGAUGGUUGGCUGGGAGACUCCUCUUGUAAUAUCCAAAGAUGUUUGGAAGAGAUUUGUACCCGGCACACUCAAAGCUGGAAAUGAUGAGAACAAACUCAAACGUAAAGCAGAUGAUGCAGUGGAUUCUGAUGCUAAAAAACAGAAACUGGAGGAGGAGAUUCACCCUUCAGGCUUCCCAACCUAUGGACCCAGGGUCAUGUUCACUGGAUAUGGAGGGAAGGUUCUUACUCACUUAAAAGAGGUUGUGGAGAGAUUAGGAGGAAUUGUAGUAGAUGACAUCAAAGAUGGCACCCAUCUGGUGGCUCGAUCCCUGACCAGGACCCUCAAGCUUUUUGUAGGGAUCAAUGUGUGCAGGUGUAUCGUCACUAAGGAGUGGCUGGAGGACAGCGACCAGGAGGCCAAGUUUGUUGAUGAGUCCAAAUAUGCUCUGAAGGAUCGGCAGGCUGAGGCAACCAUGAAUUGUGACCUGGCUGAGUCUAUGAGACGCUCACGUAAACUACCUCUCUUCAAGGGAUUGUCUUUCUAUUUGACACCCUCUGUGCUUCCAAGUCGUAAAGAACUGAGUACAAUCAUAGAGAGUGCUAAAGGAACUGUGCUGAAGAAGAAACCCCCUCUGAAAACCUUACAGUCUGUGCGCAGUGAUAAAAUAUCACAUCCGGGUUACUCAUCCUAUGUGAUAAUCAGCUGUGAUACAGACAUUCACUUAUGUCGGGAUCUGAAAGCCAAGAAAAUAGCUGUUCAUAAUGCAGAAUUUGUUUUGACGGGCGUGCUGAGGCAGGAGGUGGAUUUUGAAAUAUACCGUAUGCCGGGCUUUGUAUUUGAGUCCAAGAAAUCCAAGGCUGAUUCGUGAUCUUUAUAGUGCAUGCAGUGGUGUGGUUGAUGUCACAAAACAGAAUUAUAUGUAACCUGUGGGCUUACAAACUAUGCAGUAGUGAAGUAAUGUCAAAAAGAUGUCUGCCUAACUGCUGCCAUAAGGAAGGAACCAUGUCAGCCCAUAGAUAUCUUUUUGGGCAUCGGGAAAGGUGGUGUCGCAUGUCGCGUAGUUAUUAAACAACAGUAAAAUCCUGGGAGUAUUGGUUCACCAGAGAACAUCUUCAGACACCUACUGAUUAGAAUGUAGCACUGACUGCAACAGAUAUCUGAGAAAUGUUACACCCACUGUGUGAGUCUUUAAUUGACAGACAUGGAUCACAGAGGUAAUAUUACAAGGGAGUGAACUGAUCAUGAAUGUAACAGGAGUUUUAGCAAACAGUAAGAAGUCUUUCUGAUUGACUUUUUGUUUCUUUUAGAGUAUGCUGGAUUCAGAAACUAAAAUCAAAGCAUAUGAAAACAACAGCAUUAAACUUACCUGAACGCAUCCAUGCCCCAGUUAGUUGAGUAACUUCUGGUGACUGGCAGGUGUGUCAGUCCAUGUGGCACACCCCUGCAAGUGUGCACUAACUAGUGUGUGCAUUACUCCUGUGCUCAUAUUUCAGCUGACUUCGGCUAGAUAUUUGGGAAUCCAUUUGUAAUGUGGUGCAAUGAAUGCAGCGGAGCAUCUUUGAUUGAAGAGAUGCUGGAUUUUGUAAACAAGUCAAUAAAUAGCAUUUUUUGUAUGAUCCAGUAUUAUUUUCCAAUAUUGAUUGUAUAUAGAUCACUAAUGUAUUAGUCACCUAUGUACCUAUAAUAGUCUACACAAUUCAUGGUGUCGUCUACACAUUACAGCCGUUCAGGCCCUCUUCUGGACUGGCAGCAUAAUGAGACCUACCUAGAUGGAGUGAUCCUGGUUUACCCAAUGUGGAUGGGAUCACUGAUAGUUGUGAGGUAGUAAUUGUAAGAAAUAGGACGGAUAUG